CGGAGAUACACUUUUACCCCGAGGGUUUCCUCCCAUCUUUUUCGUUCAAGAUAAUCACUUUAUCAAAAUAUUUGUUUUCAUUUAAACUUUACCUAAGUUUAUGCUGCAGUCUUCUUAGAAGAGUUGUUUAACGACGGAAAAAUUUUUAGAAAAUCAAGAAUCUUAGUAAACAUGGUUAUUAUUGAAAUACCUAAGGAGUAUGGAUAUGUUGUACUUGUUGGAACUUCAUCAGUUUUUGUUGCAAUGUGGCAUGGGAUAAGAGUUUCACUUGCUAGAAAAAAGUUUGGAAUUAAAUAUCCUAUUAUGUACAGUGACAACAAUAUUGUCUUUAACUGCAUUCAGAGAGCUCAUGGAAAUUUCCUUGAAAACUAUCCUCAAUUUCUCUUCCUUCUCCUUGUUGGAGGAUUAUCACAUCCAAAACUUAGUACUGUUGGUGGUAUUCUGUAUUUGUUGGGAAGAAUAGUUUAUGCUCUUGGCUAUUCAACAGGAGAUCCACAAAAACGUAUGAGAGGAAUGUUCAUGCAUUUUGGAAUCCUUACUCUUGUGUACACUUCUGCACACUUUGCUACUAAUCUUCUUGGGUGGUUCUAAGAUGCCAAUGUAUGCAUUAUUUAAUGAAACAGGUGGUUGAUUUUUAUAUAAUUUAAAGAAAAAUGUUGUUACAAAUUAUGUAUUUUAAAUGUUAUUUGUAUGUAAUAUUGAUUUUUUAAUAAAUGAAAUUAAAAACAUUA